AUGAAUUUUGCUUGUAAUAUUCUCCCAAUUAUAUUUAUUUUUGUUUUGAUCUUGUUAGAACGUGCCUUUGCAAGUCUUUGGUCAGAAACUGGACGGAUGAGUGAUAUGCAACAGUGGCGUCUUCUUUGCUCCCGUUAUCAAGUUGCUCAAGCCUAUAUGGAGGAUGUCAAUGCAAGAGUCACCAUUUUUGCCCCCGUAAAUGAUGUUUUUCUGUAUAAUCCAGAUCUUAGAGCAAUGGAUCAAAAAGAAGUUCUUUCACAUAUUGUGGAUACUCAGGUACCAGAACUUAGCAGCGGUCGACGUUGGGAGAAGCAAACACUUAUACGGUCAACAAUUAAUAGUGGUUAUGUUUAUAUAACUCAAUUUGAGAAUCCUGGACCACCUGGGAAUUUUUCCUACUUUGCAAAUGCUGGUACAAUUUGUAACCAUGUUUCAAAUCAAUGGGGAAUUAUUAGCGGUGAACAGUAA